GAAAAAAAGUGAAAAAGUUAUGAUAGAGUUGGCUGCAGAUGGACAAGGUCGAGAUAACAGCUCGAACCUGUUUGUGAGAUUUCUUGGUCAAGUAGCUCGUCGAAUUAUAUUUUGUCCCAUAUCAAUCAAAAGUUGGGAUAAAAUGCCAGAAGAUAACACAAAAAGACAGUGGAAACUUAUUGAAGAAAAUUUUGAGUUUGAUUAUGCUGCUGGCGUCAAAUGGGCUCUGAGGACCUUAGGUGAUAGAUGGAAGGCCCAUAAGUAUAAUUUACGAGGAGAAUACUUCUUUCCUAACAAAAGAAAGGUAGAAAUUCUGGCUGCGAAUCCCUCAGACAUACCGCCUGUUGAAUGGACUGCUUUUGUGGAUCAUUAUAUAGAUCCUAAAACAAAGAAACAAUGUUUGCAAAACGCCAGAAAUCGUGAGAAGUUUAUAGUUUCACAUGCCGGUGGAAGUAAAAGCAAUGCUAGAAGAGCAACUCAGAUGGUAUUAUUUUUUUUUUUUUGUUAUUGA